AUGCAGGCAGGUGCGGACAUCAGCUCCGAUGAUGAGGCCGAAAAGGAUGAAGUUUCUGCCGCAAGGUUUUCCUUCGAUGAGGACAAUAAGCCAGUUGUGUCCGACAACAUACUACAGACCCUGCGUCGGGAGGUGGAGGAAGCUCUGCUGGAUCUGAGAGCCAGAACACAAAGAGUGAACGGUAGAAGCCAGUGCCCGCUAUGCCCUUUUCGAUCUUUUUCCGAGCUGAGACAGCUGCGAACCCAUGUGGCAAAGCAUCACAGUGCCAAGAACCAGUAUGUGUGCUCGGGAACAAAGCAGAGCAAGAUCAUAUUGGCGGUGUACGAUCACGCUGCCUCUUCUCAACGAACUUCAUGCAGUCUUCUCUGCGAAAGUGCAGCCCUUCUUCGAGAAACUGUGAAGCCACCUCUUGCGAGCACGUGCAAUCAUAUAGACAAGCACUUGAGAUUGGUGUUCGACGCGGCCGGCCCCAGCUAUAUGAACGGAGAGUGUAUAGAACAAAAACUGUCAGUCCGGAGGGUGCGCAAUUUAUACUAUACCCAAUCCUUCGCUGACCUGCUGAUGCGUGAAAUGAUAUUGAGCCACGCACAGGUACGAACUAUCAUGACGCGCUGUCAUAUGGCAGCCCGUCAGAGCGGCAACCGAAUCUCGAAGCUCCUCCCAACACAUGGCAGACACUGGCUACCAAUGCUUGAAGACAUCACUACGUCACCUUCGUUCAAGCAGCGAAUAGAGAAAAUGAAAAUGACCAGUGUAUUUGAGAAAGACGAGGAGUGGACCUACAUCAGCAUGGAUGCUACCCUCAAGCUGUGUUUGAAGCUUAAGCGGCAAGAACCUCACAGAGCUCCUGCCGAUGUUCGAAAUGCAGCACCUUUCGGAGAUGAAGUUGGGUGGAGACGUUUAUUGACAGUCAGAGGACGUUCAGGUGCGGUGCUGCUAUUGCACCCACUCCAAUCAGGAAGUUCGGAGCAUGUUGCUGCUGCUCUGCAGGAGAACUUCACCAGUAAACAGUUGGAGUCUGUUCAAUACGUGGCGACAGACAGCCCGUCUGGAAAGUUUUUCAGCGAGAUGUUGAUGGUCUGUCCGAAUAUCAGAUCCAUGAUGCUGGAUCCCGUACAUCUUGCGAUUGUCUACGAGCACGGCUUCUGGAACAAGAAGAGCCCUGGUUCCAAGCAGCUGCGAAAAUUUCCUUGCAAGACCACAGCCCUCGAUACCGAGGCGGGUGAGAACUGCUGGGGCUCUUUCUACAACCACAUUGGGUGA